AUGCCCGACUUCCCUGUGCCGAAGAGGGGGAUGCGCAGGGCGGCCAGCCAGGGCCGCUCGGUGAAGAAGGUGAAGAAGGCCAUGCAGAAGACCGCAGACAGCCCCCCCCCCCCCCCCAAGCGCAUUCCCUAUGCGAGGCACGGGGUCCGCACUGCCGAAUCUCGGAACGAGAGGGCGAAGUGGUGCGCGGGGCUGUCCGACUUCAUGCACAGGGGGCAGAAGCACGUCGUUGACGCGCUCAAGAAGCACGGCCAUUUGCCAGAGCGGGCGGGGGCAAGCUGCCCUCAUUGCAACAAGGGCCCCCUCGGUAAUCUCAGAGAGUGGUCUGACAAGCAGGGCGGAUGGGGCCACAGGCGCAGCCGCAGAGGGUGCCACCGGCUGGUCUUGCCGCACGCGCCCCGCCCGAUCUUCGCGGCGGGCACAGGGCAAUCGCACGCGCCGCUGCGAGAUCAGGCGCCCGCCUUUUUCUCGGCCGUUGCGGGGGCCUUGCAGGUGUGCAUUGGGCGCCUCGUCGAUAAGAAUCACAAGAUGGUCGAGGGCAUUUACGGGCGCCUGUGCGCGACGAGGGACAGACGCGUCGAGGCGAAGGAGAAGACCAUCAAGUUCAGCCAGGGCGAGGCCUGGAAGGACAUCGAGGCCGACGAAGUGGACCUCGCGAGGAAGCAGCGGGGCGGGAUCGUGGAGAGGGGCGUUCCAGACACGCUCGCGCCCUUCAGGCUGAAGCCCAUGAAGACGAAGAAGAGGGCACCAGGCCCAGGGGCCACUCGCAAACGGGACUGGAUGCCCGCGGCGAAGAAGUGGCUCAAAGGCCGCCGCGUCAUUCUGCACACGGGCGGCGCCAGGAGUUACAGGAUCAAGCUGGGCGGCGCGAAGCGCGACUACGUCGUCCACUGCCGCAAGCGCGUCAAGGUCAACGGGGAGUACACACGGGGCAAGGCCGAAGUACGCAAAGCCCC